AUGUUCACCCAGGCUCCUCUCAACAAAGAUCGGCGAGAAAUCAGGCUCGUCCAAAUUCGCCCCUUGGUUGAUGGACAAGUCAGUGCUAAGAACACGAUUGCACUUGACAUCAAACAUGCCUCGCUAGAUGAGCCGGGACUGUCAUACGCGGCGCUCUCGUACGUGUGGGGGAGCGCCACUAACACCACAGCCAUCGAAAUCGAGGGCGCCUCUUUCAACGCCACGUUGAACCUCCACCUUGCGCUCAAGCAACUUCGAAUGAACGCAGUAGACUCUUGGCUCUGGAUCGAUGCCAUCUGUAUAAAACAGACUGACUUGAAGGAGAAGAGCUGGCAGAUCAACGCUAUGCGGGACAUCUAUAGCGGCGCUGACAUGGUCUACAUGUGGCUGGGUCCCGGAACCGAGAACAGUGACGCGGCCAUGGAUUUCCUGUCUCGGACAGGAAAGAGACUCCUCAAGUACCUUCCUGAAGAUCUACGGUCGGACCACGAAAUUGACAGAAUGCUCUACCGGUACGUUGCAAGUUACCUCGGUCAGUUAAUCGGAACAAAUGCUUUCAUCCGCGAGCCGGGAGAUCCGGCGAAUUUGGCAGAAAGAAUCCCAGUUGACUCCGGGUUGGACACAACUCCAUACGAACGCGGGGUGGAAAACCUGCCAUUCUUCCCAGUGGCCGCGUACGAGACCCUGUGUGACUUUCUUGCUCCCAAGUCACCAUCCAUCAAUAAAGGCAUCCGCGACCUCCUGGCUAGAGACUACUGGCAGCGCAUCUGGAUCGUACAAGAAGUCUGCCUGGCCCGGAAGACCUGUGUAAUGUCUGGCAGCAAGAGUGUUUCUCUUGACGCACUGGACGCUACCGUGGAGUUACUCUGGAGGAUGCGCAGUAUAAUUCCUUACAACAGUCCGUUCUAUUCCAUGAUCGACAAAAAUAUUCCGCUAAGUGUCAAUCAUCUGACACCUCUGAGAGUUCGGCGUCAACUCCAAAAGGGGUUGAUUGUGAACUUGGUAGAUAUCCUGUGGACCGCGGAAGAACCGCCAAAGCGGCCUCAUUAUUCCGCCACGGAUCCGAGAGACAUCGCUUUCGGGCUGCUUGGUGUGCUUGCAGACCACGAAAGGAACGUACUCCGGGCGGACUACUUUAUCACGCGGAAAGAGGUGUUUGUGGAAAUCACGGCAACCAUGCUGAGUAACCCUGUCGAGAGCGAGACAUUACCCAACUUUACCCUCGACUGUAUCACUCCGGGAAGCCCAAACGGUAGGCUUCCGACGUGGGUUCCGGACUGGCAAGAGAUCGGUCGACACGGCCUAGUGACGUGGCCAAUUAGCUACGGUACAGGAUUCAACGCGACUGCAUCGAGACGGCAAUCCCGAAGGGCACUGUACUCUGUAGUGAGAGGCGUAAAACCAAGCAUCCUACAGCGAGGCUGUUAUGUCGAUAGAAUCACCGAGGUGAUGAAACCCCACGAGUGGACUCGGUCCGAUGACUACUCGUGGCCCCGAAUGAACGACCCCGACAACUGGUUCUUUUCAAUCGCAGAAUUUGUAGGACUCGGACCGGAGCCUGGCCCCGAGGAAGACUACGUUUGGCGGAUGAUCGCGCCCGCCAAUGAUUGGAGCUCCGGUACGAGCAUGGAGGGCUUCGAUGCGGUAGGCAAAGUCCCGGGGCUUCUUCGCAAAGUCAUGCGGGUUCAGGACGUGAAGAUCGCCGACCUAACCGGCGCAGAGGUUAAGUUCAUCUUCGACAACAGCAAAGACGGAAAUAUAGAUGACGAGGCUCUAGAGCUGUUUGGGCAAAGAUGGAGGUAUCAUCUGACUCAUCAAAACACAAACCGAACACUUUUCAAGACAGCGAAUGGGAUGCUUGGUCUUGGGCAUGCUGGGGUUGAGGUCGACGAUGUUGUGGCCUUGAUCUGGAAGGCGCCUUCGCCAAUCAUCCUAAAACGGCGGGUUGAAGGAGGCUUUUACUUCAAAGGAGGUGCAAAUGUAGACGGCAUCAUGCAUGGAGAGUUCCUCGAUACUAAGCCGGGUGAAGUGGAGUUUAGAAUAUUCUAA